AUGGCAUCUCUGACAGAACUCCGUGAGUCGAAAAAGGAAAAGAGAGAGAGAAAAAAGGAGAAGAAGGAGAAACUGAAGAAGCCCGUAGAGGCUUCUGAAGUUGACUCUGCUGAUCCUGUCUCGGAUGUUGUUGAUUCAGAACCUGAAAAUGUGGAGACCAGAGCUGAGACAGCUGCAACCAACGAAGACUCAGACAAUGCUGAGAGCACAGAGACCAAGGGAGACGAACUUGAGAUUGACUUGAAUUUGUCCGCUCCUCUCUCGAAGAAAAAGCAACGUCAAUUGAAGAAGGGUAAGUUGGACUUGGAGAAAAUUGCCAGAAAGAACCCUCCUCCAAAGCCUGCUAAUGAAGAUGGCACAGAGCCCGCUCCUUCCAAAAAGUCACCCUUUGGUGUGUGGAUUGGUAACUUGGCUUAUCAAACCACCAGAGAAGAUAUCAUCAAGCACAUAGUUGACAGAACCCUGGCCAACGAGGAGCCUCUGGUAGCUGUUACCGAGGCAGAUAUCACAAGAGUGAACUUGCCAAAGAAAGCAAACAAAAUCAAGGGAUUUGCGUAUGUCGACUUGCCAUCAGCAAAACAUGUUGAAGCCGUUGUGGCCCUUUCUGAGUCGAGAAUUCACGACCGUAACCUACUUAUUAAAAACGCUUCUUCCUUCGAGGGGCGUCCAGAAGAGCACAAAACAAAGCCUUUGCUGAAGAAUCCUCCUUCGCGUAUUCUAUUCGUUGGAAACUUGUCUUUCGACACUACCGACGAUCUACUUGACGAGCACUUCAGACCAUAUGGAGAACUUGUCAGAAUUAGAAUGGCUACAUUCGAAGAUACUGGCAAAUGUAAAGGUUUUGCCUUCUUGGACUUCAAGGACGAGACUGGUCCUACUGCUGCAUUGAAAUCGAAAAUGGCUAAGACCUUUAUUAACAGAAACUUGCGUUUAGAGUAUGGUGAGGACAGAUCUAAGAGAACUCCAAAGAGACAGUUUGCCGAUGCUGACUUCUCGCUGCAAACUGAAUUUUCUGCGCCAAGUUUUAAAGAGAGAACCAGUGAAACUGAGAGUGCUCCCGUACCUAAGUUUGCUCAUAAAGAGAGAUCCGCUGCUCCUAAGAGAGGCCGCGAUCUGUACAAUGAUGCUCCAAACAAGCGUAUGAAAUCUUCUGUUGCAUUGGCUACUGCUCAAAGAGCUUCUGCCGCUAUUGUUCCCUCUCAAGGUAAAAAGGUCACUUUUGACUAA